GGACAGAAGCUUUUAGAGACACAGAAACAAGAGACCAACAGAGACCAAAAGAGACCAACAAAAACAACAGCGUAUUGAUUUUGAAAAUGCUUUGCUCCAGCAUGAUGCAACCUUCCCUGAACACAAUGAGCCCCUUCAUGGAUUUCCACUGGCCCGUCCGCAGCCUCUGGCCAGAGACUCGGCCACUAUUCUUCCAGAUCGAGCAAGAAAUGAUGCGAAAUCUGCAGGAGAUGAGGCACAAUAUGGAAUAUAUGCAACGACUUCACCAAAAGAUUUUCGAGGACAUCGAAGGGCCAUUAUCUUUGACUGACUUCAAGCCUAUCGCUUUCCAGGUGGGUAAAGAAAACAAUCGGUUUGCUUUGACUCUGGACACUAAAGACUUCUCCCCAGAGGAGCUGUCUGUCAAGCAGGUGGGCAGGAAGCUAAGAGUCAGUGGGAAGACGGAAAAGAAGCAGGGUGAUGGGAAAGGCUCCUACUCUUACAAAUGCCAGGAAUUCAGACAAGAGUUUGAUCUUCCUGAAGGCGUGAACCCUGAGACAGUCACCUGCUCUUUGAAAGAUGGACAGCUACAGAUCCACGCACCAAAAGUGGCUGCUCUUACAGAAGGCAGUGAGAGAGUGGUUCCUAUCACUUGCAAACCAGCCAUAACCUCACCCGGGGCUGAAGCUGAAGUCACAACUAUGGAGGCAGAGCCCAAGAAGGACUAAUUACAAAGACUCUGUUUCAAGAUAACGCUAUAGCGUUUACAUUAAUGGUUACAUUAACAACAUGAAUUCCAUUUAAUUCCUUAAUUCUUCUGUAUCUGCAUUAAAUUACUAUUUUGUCAAACUUGAUAAAUGCAAUGUGAAUAAUGUUCAAUGUUAUGGAAUGUAAGUAAACCAACUGUUCCUACCCACACUCAAAUAUUUCUAAUU